CCAAUUUGCGGGCCCUGACAAGAGCAGUUCCCUGGUAGACCUGCAAAUAUCAAAAUUCUACUUGAACACCCCGCCUGCCCACCACCAUCCUCCUUCCUAAGAAGGAAAAGGAAAAACGAACAGGAAAAAAGCAAGACCCUUCCCAGGAAAAAGCGUUGGGAAGGACGAAAAGAACUACUUUAAUUGGAGAGUGGGGAGGGUGAACCAGUGCUCUCUCUCUCUCUCUCCCCGUGAAGUGACUAGAAAGAAGAAGAAAUGUUGGAGCAUCUUGUGCGAAAAGUUGGCCGUUCUGGAUCCUUUUCUACCAUUUCUACCUUGGUCCAUGGGAAAUACUUGCAUAGGACUGUUGCUGAAUGGCCUGCACUACAAGAGAGUACUGGUGCUGAGUUGCUUCUCGUAAGAGGACGUGAUUGUGUCAGGCAUUUCAGUUGCCAUGUUUUAUCAGAUACUCAGGCUGGUAGUUAUAAUGCAAGAAAAUUUGAUAUUUUUCCUUUAAGAAAUUCUACGUGCACUAUUUGGAGGAGACCAUUUGCUUCAGAAACAGGUGACUUGGUUGAUGCGGUUGUCCCAUUUAUGGGUGAAUCUAUCACCGAUGGAACGCUUGCUACAUUUCUGAAAAAACCUGGUGACAAGGUUGAGGUCGAUGAAACAAUAGCACAAAUUGAAACAGACAAGGUUACCAUUGAUGUUGCCAGUCCUGAAGCUGGGAUCAUCCAGAGGUUUGUAGCCAAGGAAGGAGAUACCGUGGUUCCAGGAACCAAGGUUGCUAUUAUUUCAAAAUCUGGUACUGCUGAUUCAGAUACUCCAACAAGUAAAGAGAAGUCCAUUGAAGAGGUUCGUUUGCCAUCCUCCUCUACAGAUGGGCAGAAUGUAGAAAAGUCAAAACCUGUGGAAGCAGUUGUUAGAGACAAGCCUUCUUCUCCUUCCCCUCCACCUUCCAUGGCCUCACCAACUGAACCUCAGCUUCCACCAAAGGAGAGAGAAAGACGGGUUCCUAUGACAAGAUUGAGGAAGAGAGUUGCAACUCGACUGAAAGAUUCUCAGAACACUUAUGCCAUGCUGUCCACCAUUAAUGAAGUUGACAUGACAAAUUUGAUGCAAUUGCGUUCAGACUACAAGGAUGCAUUUUUAGAAAAACACGGUCUCAAACUUGGAUUUAUGUCAGGAUUUGUCAAGGCUGUUGUGAGUGGACUCCAGCAUCAACCCAUAAUUAAUGCUGUUAUUGAUGGUGAAGAUAUUAUUUAUCGUGACGAUGUCGAUAUAAGUAUCGCUGUUGGUACUCCUAAGGGCCUUGUUGUUCCUGUGAUUCGAAAAGCAGAUAGGAUGAAUUUUGCAGAGAUAGAAAAGGAAAUUAGUUCUCUUGCUAAGAAAGCCAAUGAUGGCUCAAUUUCAAUUGAUGAGAUGGCUGGUGGAACAUUCACUAUAUCAAAUGGUGGUGUUUAUGGAAGCCUUUUAAGUACACCUAUAAUUAAUCCUCCACAGUCUGCUAUACUCGGAAUGCACAGCAUUGUGAAUCGUCCAAUGGUUGUGGCUGGUAAUAUUGUUUCUAGGCCUAUGAUGUACAUUGCUCUAACAUAUGAUCAUCGCCUCAUUGAUGGAAGAGAGGCAGUCUAUUUUUUGCGGCGUAUCAAGGAUGUGGUGGAAGACCCUCGCAGACUUCUUCUGGACCUUUGAAGGCAGUCACCUUGUGGGAGAACAGAUUUGUAGCUUCAGUUCUGAUUUCCUUGCAUCUGGCAGCACAAUCAAGUUUAUAAUCAUGCCAUCUUGAUUGUGUCACACUAGAGCCAAAGUUCAUUUUUUAUCCUUGCAUAGGUUUGGACAUGCUAAUAAACACUGUAUGACGGUCAAAUUCUUGACGAGUUACCAUCUUCAUUAUGUCCAGAAGAGGUUAGAUUUCAUUUCCUAUUUGUACUUGAGCGAAGCUCUGUUGUAGCUUAGAUGACAUACGUGGCGACUGCUUUUUUGUUUGUGUAAGCACGUCUUUUAUGACAUGAUUUUUGCAUUACUGACCUAUUUAAGCAGUCCGUUUCAGAUUAA